UUUUUUCAGCAUCUGCCAGUCAUCAUAUUGGAAACCAGUGUAAAUUAAAUGAUGGCUCCUCCAGAGAACAUUCCAUCUAAGUUAGUGAGAGUUAUUGAGUGUAAGCAGGGUGCUGUCAGAGCUGUCAGAUUUAAUGUGGAUGGAGGAUACUGUAUGACAUGUGGAUCAGAUAAAUCAGUCAAAUUGUGGAACCCCCAUAAAGGCACACUUCUUCACACUUAUGCUGGCCAUGGCUAUGAAGUUUUGGAUGCUAGAGGAUCAAGUGAUAAUUCGCUCAUUGGUUCCUGUGGUUUAGACAAGUCUGUAAUGAUGUGGAAUGUCAGUACAGGAGAAGCACUCAGAAAGUUUCGGGGCCAUGCUGCUAGAGUUAAUUGUGUAGCAUUUAACGAAGAGUCAACCGUAAUAUUAUCAGGCUCAGUUGAUGGCACUGUCAGAAUCUGGGAUCUUCGUAGCCGAAAAAAUAACCCCAUUCAGGUUUUAGAUGAAGCAAAAGAUGCAAUAAUGACAGUUGAAGUAUCAUCCCACGAGAUCCUUACUGCAUCACUGGAUUGUUACACUCGUAUAUAUGACCUGCGUAAUGGCCAACUGGUGUCAAAUUGUAUUGGAGAAAGUGUGACAUGUGCAUCAUUUAGUGGCGAUGGCCAGUGUGUUCUCUCCUCAACUAUGGGCUCUUCUAUACGUCUCAUGGAUCGAGAAACUGGAGAACUUCUCUCUCAGUAUACUGGCCACACCAGUAAAGAAUAUAAGGUGGAGAGUUGUUUUACUUCCUCCGAUACCCAUGUGAUGUCAGGCUCGGAGGAUGGGUACGUGUACUGCUGGAAUCUUGUUCAAACUACUCUUACCAAGAAACUGGAGCAUGUGGGUAGCAAAGUGGUGCACUCCCUCUCCUCACACCCAUCAGAAGCAUACCUUCUGACUGCCACGCUUGGCCAGAUGUGGCUUUGGUCUGCUGAAUCAUCACAGGAUAUAGAAAGUGCCUAAAUAAAGUUCAAUCACAAGCACAGUAUUACUUUGGUUUGCAGAAUCAUCACAAGACAUAAAAAUUAUUUUAAUAAAGUUAAAUUACAAGUUCAAACCCA